CUGCCUUCUAAAAGUUAGGUACCGUAGUUAUUUUUCUCCUUGAAAAAAGGGAGGGUUCCACAGAGAUACUGUGUUUUUGUGGGCUUUUUGUGUGUAUAUUUGAAGUGUGCAUGCAGACUACUAAAAACCUACGUGAGCAAUUGUCCUAAUAUGCAGAGAGUCCGGAAGCAUCUUCAGGGCUAAAAACUCGUGGAACCUACUCUGCCAACAGCUGUGGAAACCGCGACAGCACGAAGCUUAUUGUGGAUGAUUCGUGCUGUUCACCCUUUUGUAGUAAAUGGGUUUACUUCACACCGGGAAUCUUUCGAACGAAGUCACUGGCCAAAUGUCCUUUUUAUUUCCAGUCACGGGAAAUGCCAAAACUAGGUGAAGCGACGCUAGCAAAAACAAACAAAGAAAAACCGGCUUAAAACGCCGGAGGGCAGUCGGUGGCCGCGCUUUCCCUCGGCCCGGGAAGCAAGCAAGCACCUCGACGGGGAAAGAGGCUAUCGCUUGUUGCAAAAAGGGGACAGCCCUAAGCGGCAUGGGAGGAUCCGGCUCAAAUCCCCGCGAAGCAACAGCCGCCCCAUCAUUUUAUUUAGAGCAGGGACAAUAGCGAGCCGCCUCCCAGGGACGCGGACGGGGUCUUCUGAAAUGCAAGCGAGGCGCGCACACGACAACCCCCCAGCACAGACGCCGCCUCUGAGGCGCUGCUCCCGCCAGCUCCCCGCGUGGCUCUCCCCUCGGCCUCGCGCCUGCUUCGCCAACGGCUUGUCGCGAACCUCCCUGCCGCGAGGCCGCGCCUGGGCUGAAGUGGUUCCGGGUCGGGAGAAGCCGCCAACAUGGAGCGUAGGGGGCCGGCGGGGCCUCCGGGAAGCCGGUGAAGGAAGGCAAGGGGCAGCCCGAGGGGGGGACGCGACCCUGCUGCUCGCCUGGUUCUGAGGCCGCGAGAGGGGCGCGCGUGCGCACUGCCGGAGCCCCGUGGAAUCCGCGGCAGCGUCUGAGGCCACAGCAGGAAGCUGCUGCUGCUGCUGCUGCUGCCCACCGUCUCCCUCGCAGCAGCGGGGCCGCGGCUGGCGCUCGAGCCCUGCGGCAGGGAAGCCUCGGCGCCCCUUUCCUCAGCCCCAGGGCAGGCAGGCAGCAGCCAUGUCUCUGGGCGAGUACGAGAGGCACUGCGACUCCAUCAACUCCGACUUCGACAACGAGUCUUCCGGCAGGAGCGGCCCCCGGCCUGGCCCUGUCCUAGGCGGCGAGCAAGAGGAGCUGCAUUAUGCCCCCAUCCGCGUCCUGGGCCGGGGCGCCUUCGGAGAGGCCACCUUGUACCGCCGGACCGAGGUAAAUCUGCGCCCGCCUCCGCCGCGCCCCGCCAUUCUUUCCCUCCUCCCAUCUCCGGGCGCGUUGGCUGAAGAGGCUCCCCUCCUCCCCCGUUGUUUGAACCCCAGCUCUAACCCCGCGAAAGAUGGCAGCAUUAUUAGACACGAAAUGCUCCUUAGAUAGCCACCCCCUCGGGGUUCCCUCCCUCCCUUGUCACUGACAUAUCCUGCAGAUGUUCAAAGACGCCAGAGACCCAGCCAGGAAAGCAAGCAAGCAAACUUUGGCCAUGCAUCCAAGUAGCGUCCUCGCGAAUACUUAGGCUAAAGUGUGAACAGUUCUUCAGGGGGGUUGUUCGCAAAGGAAGACACAAGUUAACACUUCGGAAAUCACGAAGUUGUAAGGGAUCAUGGGGGGUCAUCUAGUCCAACCCCUUCGAUGCAGGGACUCUUUUCCCUAAGGUGGGGCUUGAACCCACAAUAUUGAGAUAAAUAAUCUCAUGCUGUACCAACUGAGCUAUCACAGGAGGGCAAAUGACAAAGCAGUUCUUGAUUCUGGAAAGUGUGAAGUAGAAGGGAGCCCCUCAGAAGACACAUGCCUCUCUGAUAGGGGUUGAUAAAAUCAGGAGGGUGUUUAUGCAAAACCCAGGAGCUUCUGUUGCGUUAAUUUGAACUGGGUGCAAUUAGGGCUAAAGGACACUUGUUGCUAAAUGCCUCAUUGGAGUUGUGUGAUUGAUUCUUUAACUGAAAAUGUUAUCUGGUUAAUCUGGAUAUUCAUAAGGAAAGGGGUAAACACUUUUUCUCCUGGCCCAUGAUCUCAACUAAAAUUGAAGCUGUUGUUUGGCAUGGGAGAGAUGCUUCCAUUGAUACCAGUUGUUAAUUCCCAGUUCUAAUUUGGCACUUGGAAGCUGAUGGAAUUUGGGUAGCUGAAAAUGAAAUGUGGCACAAGGAUGUAGUGGUGAUAUUUCCUCUCAAACAGCUUCCUGUACAGGGAUAAAACGAAUGACAGGAUGGAAGAGGGAGAAGGCAGCUGUAGAGCUGCAUCAUAUUUCUGCAAGGAUAUGUCAGGCAUAUCAUUUACAGUGCACAGAGGCUGAUAACAAAGGAUAGUCAUAGACAGAAAAAACAAGCACAACUUUUCAGGAAAGUGUCUUACACAAGGUUAUAAGUGUCGCACCCAUAUGGACACUAACCUUUGCAGAGCGGGUGAGUAAGUGGUAGAGUUGCCAUGUGUUCUCUUUUUCCAGGACAUGUCCUCUUUUUCAGGGGUGAGAUUUGAGACAAAAUGCAUUUAUUUGCUUUGAAUAGCCAUCAUAGCAUCCUCUUUUUUGCUCUUCAAAAUAUGGCAACCCUAGUCAGUGCUAUAUAGAUUGUUAAAGGGUACAUCUAUCAUUGGCUUCCUCAGCAAAAAGGCUAACAGGGCCCAGUUAAUUUAAAGGACCCGAAGAUGUGUAGUUGUGGUUUUUGGAGGUUGAGGUAGAAAUGCCCACUUCUGUCACUUUCCAGAAUAUCAGCCAAACUCUUCCCUUAAUACAUUUCCAUUUUAUUAAUUGUUUUGCAUCAUUAACAGUGGUAGGUUAUUAUUUCUUUAUUGAUUGACUUAAUUUAUAUACCGCCCUUCAAAGAUCUCAGGGCAGUUCACCAGCAUUUCCUGUGCGGAAAAGGAAACUUGAUGGCACAGUUCAGUCAGUGAUAUAUUUUUAAUAUGGCAUUACAGAGAACCUGAAGGCCCCUGAUCACAGAUUCUGCUAUAGCUUCAGGGAGUUAAGAGACUGGCUAGAUAAAACCAUAGAAUGAUCAGGAAUCUGCUUCAAGGAUAUAAUACUAAUUACUCCCAAGUUUUUAUAUCAUUUUUAAUAUAAUGUUGUUGCUGGAAUAUCUGACAAGUCCUAUGAGCUAAUCAAUUCCUGUUAGCAAAUUUAGACAGUGUUUGUGUGGAGUUGUGCAUAAAAUAACAAUAACCUUUCUUCUGAAAAGUUUAUGCUAUUUGAUUAUUAUUCAAAAGGAAGAGAGUGUUAGUUGUAGAUAGCGAUUUUUGGCAUCAGAAAUAAGGAAAUGCCCAUAGAGAAUUUUUCAGACUAAAUCUGAAAGUGAAUGCAAAAAAGAUUGAUACAUUGUAAGAAAUUAAACGUGAAUUUAGCUAACUAGAUUUUUUGUAUUCCAGGAUGAUUCACUUGUAGUGUGGAAGGAAGUGGAUCUUACAAGACUGUCAGAAAAAGAACGCCGUGAUGCUUUGAAUGAGAUUGUUAUCCUUGCACUUUUGCAACAUGACAACAUCAUUGCCUAUUACAAUCACUUCAUGGAUAACACUACACUUCUGAUUGAACUGGAAUACUGUAAUGGUGAGAACUCUUGUCUUGUAAACAGCAGACAUCUCUUCCAUCUUAGGUUCUGUGGGGGAAGAUGAAAUGCAGAAUCACUUUGUCUUGUUUAUAGAUGGCAGGCUUUAGUGACAGUUCUAACACAAACCAGAGUCAUCUUGGAGAACUGCCACUUACGUUUCGCAGAUACAAAUUCUAAAAUGUAUUUGUGGGAAGAAGAAACUUCGGAAGCAGAAAUAGCUAAAGGAAAGAUGAGGCACUAAAUGCUCAGUAAAUCAGAUACAAAUCUGCAGAAUCUUGCAGGGGAAGCCUGGAAGAGGGCAUUCUUUGUGGCAGCCCCUAAGUUAUGGAACUCCCUCUCCACAGAGGUCCAUCUAGCAACUUCAUUAUACAGCUUUCAGCAAAUAAGAAAUACACAAUUCUUUGCCUUGGCCUUUGACACCUGAGAUGUGCAUUUUCAGAACCCACCCUUAAAAAAAAGAAAAUAUUGUGAUUGUAUUUUUUAAUUAUAAGUUCUUAAAUACCGUAUUUUUCGUUCCAUAGGACGCUCCGCCCCAUAGGACGCACCUACUUUUUGGGGGGGGAAAUAAAGGAAUUUUUUUUUUCCUUUAUUUCCCCCUCAAAACCAGGCCAGGGAACAGUGGGAUGGCGGCGCUGCGCCUCCCCGUUGUCCCCCGAGCUUGUGGGGCUGGCCGAUGUCUGCCCGGCAUGAGGGGUGCUCUGCUUCAGGGCGCCCCACGCGCCGGGCGGCAGGCUGCAGACACCUGCGCGAAGCACGGGGCGUCCUCCGGAGGGCGCCCCAUGCUCCGCGCUGCCGGCUGCCGCCCGCAAGCCGUGCGCGCUCGGGGGGAUCUCCCCCGGGUGCGCAAGGCUUGCCGACACCUGCGCGAAGCACGGGGCGUCCUCCGGAGGGCGCCCCAUGCUCUGCGCUGCAGGCUGCCGCCCGCAAGCCUUGCGCUCCUGGGGGGAGAUCCCCCGGGUGCGCAAGGCUUGCCGACACCUGCGCGAAGCACGGGACGUCCUCCGGAGGGCGCCCCGUGCUCCGCGCUGCAGGCUGCCGCCCGCAAGCCGUGCGCGCCCAGGGGGGAUCUCCCCGCGGGCGCACAAGGCUUGCGGACACCUGCGUGAAGCACUGGGCGUCCUCUGGGGGGCGCCCCGUGCUCCGCGCUGCAGGUUGCCGCCCACAAGCCUUGUGCUCCCGGGGGGGAUCUCCCCUGGGCGCGCAAGGCUUGCAGAUAGCUUCCUGGAGCCUGGAGAGCGAGAGGUGUCGGUGCGCACCGACGCCUCUCGCUCUCCAGGCUUCAGCGAAAGCCUGCAUUCGCCCCAUAGGACGCACACACAUUUCCCCUUCAUUUUUGGAGGGGAAAAAGUGCAUCCUAUAGGGCGAAAAAUACGGUACUUUUAAACUGCAUUUUGGAUUGUUGUAACCUGCCUUGGGAUGCUUAGGGUAAAGAGCAGGUGAUAAUCAUAAUAAUGAAAAAGCUUGGGGAAAUAGCAAAUUCCUGGAGGAUUUCUGGUAAAUGCUAAUAGAACAUUUACAAUCGAUAGGUAAAGCAUUUCUCUCUUUUAAUUGCAGGGGGAAAUCUCUAUGAUAAGAUCCUGCGGCAGAAAGACAAGUUGUUUGAGGAAGAGGUAACUUGAACAAACUGAGAAGUAACAGAACAGAGUUUAGUACUGUUUGAUGUGCUGCAUUUUCACAGUGUUUAUUUCAUGCUUAUUGCUAUAGUAUUAGCAAAUUGCAUCACUUGUGCCAGGAAACAAUUAGCCUUUUCUUGGUGUUCUAGUCUUGAACAGAACACUUUGAUCCUUCGUUGUUGAUCACGUAGCAAGAAUAAAGAUGUUACAGUGGUACCUCGGGUUAAGCAGUUAAUUCGUUCUGGAGGUCCGUACUUAACCUGAAACUGUUCUUAACCUGAAGCACCACUUUAGCUAAUGGGGCCUCCUGCUGCUGCCGCACCGCCGGAGCACGAUUUCUGUUCUCAUCCUGAAGCAAAGUUCUUAACCUGAGGUAUUAUUCUGGGCUAGCGGAGUCUGUAACCUGAAGCGUAUGUAACCUGAAGCGUAUGUAUCCCGAGGUACCACUGUACUUGGGUUUCAGUGGUGUCCAGGUCUUUUGUUCCCUGUCCCCAUGGAAUGGUAUUCUUCUGGGAUUGUUCAUUAAUUUACAGAUAAUCUUGUAGAACGUUACAUUUUAUUUGUAAAUAAAUAAAAAGAUUAAUUAACUAUUUUAUUUUUUAAAAAGACUUAAACAGUUAGUGUAAUUUUGAGAACAAUUAAAAAUAGCAUGGAAAAGUGAGCAGCAGAAAUGCAGUGAAAAAAGUUCUUUAGUAGCAGAACUGUUCUUCACUGUAUGACAAGAGUACAGUUAGGGAGCAAGCCUUACUUGGGAAGGGAGCUCCAGGGUGUAAACACAACCUUUGUAAAGAUUUUACUCCUUUCUCUAAUGGUACUCGUCUUAGUAAAUGAGGGCAUGAAGAACAGGGUUGUGCUUAAGGACCUUGUGGAAUGGGAAAGUACACAUGGGAGGAGGCAGAGGGGUUGCCAUGCCAUGGCAAUUAGUUCUGUGAUUUCACAGUCUUUAUCUCUUUUUAGUUUUUUAUUUUGGCCUGAUGUUCAGCCCAUAUUUCUAAAUAUGGCUUGUAAGUAGUGCAGUAAGUGUCUAUCUGUAGGAUUCUCAUGCAGAGUAAUCCCUGUGCAUGUUUACUCAGCAUUAAAACCUACUGUGUUCGGUGGCACUUACUGCCAGGUAAGUAUAUACAGUCAUACCUCGGGUUAAAUAUGCUUCAGGUUGAGCGUUUUCAGGUUACACUCCGUGUUACUUCUGGGUUUCGCUGCUCGCGCAAGCGCAGUCUCUCAAAAUGACAUCACGUGCAUGCGUGGAAGCAGUGAAACGCGAUCCUCGCAUGCGCAGACGCGCAGUCGCGUGUUACGUUCUACUCAGGAUGCGAACGGGGCUCCGGAAUAGAUCCCGUUCGCAUCCAGAGGUACCACUGUAUAGGAUUGCAGCCUUAGAUAUAACUGUGGUUAGCUAUUAUUACUAGUUAGCUAUUAUUACUAGUUUUCUGUAGGUUGCCCUUGGCUUAUUAUUAAGAGAUUUAAGAAUCUGCAUGACUACAAUUACACAGCCAAUCAUAGGACAGCAACUCUAAUGUAGAAACUGGUUAUUCCUGCCAGUAUGCUUAGAAUUCCAAACUUGCUCUUCCAUUCUAUAUUUUUUAAAAGGAACAAAGGUAUUUACAUUCUUCAAUAUCUUUAAUCUAAUUUUUAAAUUUGGUAAGUAGAAUAAUACAUGCAAUUACUGAUUUUUAAUUUUUUUUAUUUAUAAAUUUGUUAGUCAUCUUUACAGCAGUUGACAGUGCAAUACUUUGCAUGUUUAUUCAGUAGUAAGUCCCAGUAGUAAGUGUUCAGUUGGGCUAGUAAGUGCAUCUAGAAUUAGUGCUCAAAAUUAUUUAAAGCAUUCUAAAAACCAUCAUAUUAAAACAAUUUAAAAAGCUAAAACUAAACUCAAAGGCAUAUAGCAAGUGUUUGUAACUGACAGAUUCUGGCAAUAGCCUUUACAAUUAAACAUUUUCAUUUGCUGGCAUAAACUAUAUCGUGAAGAGACAAGCACUUGUCAUCUUACACCAUGGAGACUACGUUAUCCUGGAAAGAUUACACCUUGAAAAAUAUCUCAACACUGAGUUGUUCAUAUUGGAAUAAUAAAAUUAUUUUUCUAAAAUAAACUUCCUGAAGUGUUUCCCGUGUGAACUCUCUUUCUUUGCAGAUGGUAGUGUGGUACCUAUUUCAGAUUGCAUCAGCAGUGAGCUGCAUCCAUAGGGAAGGAAUCCUUCACAGGUAGGUGUGAUUAAUGAAGCUUGGGCUAACUUGUGGCCUAGUGCCUGAAGAUAAAACAUGCUUGAGAGUAUUGAUAGCCUGCUGCGGCAAAUACCAUUUUAGUUAGUUUUUCCGUUGCUGCAUUUUUUGAGCAUCUACAGUGGUUCCUUUUUAUUUAUUUAUUUUUGAAAAUAUUUAUUUAUACAACAAGAAAAAAACACACACAAAAAACCACAAAUACCAAAUUACACACAAAUUACAAAAAUAACCAUAGACACAUAAUUUUCUUGGCAAACAAUAAAACAUCUAUUGGUCUUAACACUAAAGACCCAACUUCCCGUCUAUUCCAUAUUUCAAAUUCAUAUUACUUAUUGCCAAUACACUUUUUUUUCAUAAUUAAACUUAUUCUCAAUAAAUCUAAUUUCUUCUAUCUACCUAGCAACUAUUACUGAAGUUCCUCGAAUGCUGCAACAGAAUUUAAACUACUAUAUUUAUUUUUCAGAUAUUCUUUGAAAACCUCCCAUUUAGAAACAAAUUCCUGUUUUGAUUUAUUCUUUAUUUUUUCUGAUAAACCAUCUAAUUCGGCAUAUUCUGUCAGCUUGUAUAGAGGGAAUUUCAUUACUCUUCCAUUUUGCUGCGAUCAAAACUCUUGCUGCCGCCGUCGCAUAUAAAAAGAUAUACAGUGGUUCCUUUUUAAAUUGUCUGUUGUUAUUUUUAAAUAUUUUACUAACAGCAUUUUAUUUUACUUGGUAUUUUAUUGUAAUUGGUACUUUUAUUGUUGUUAACUGCUUAGGGCAUUUGAUAUGAUGACAGGGAAUAAAUAUUUAUCAUAACAAAUUGUGAGCGGUAUUAAAUAUGCUUGUUCUAUCAGUGAAACUUCCCCAGCUGUCCAUGUGAGCCUCCCACAUGCUCCCUAAAUCUGUGGGUUCCUCCAACCCACUGGAUCAGAUUGGGGAGGGCACUGGGUGCAUGUGUGGGGCAGGGAGUUCUGUUACGCAAAUGGAAAUCCUUGUGCUAAUGGAACAAGUGCAUUGGAUACCAUCCUAAAAGUAGAGUAAAGGGAAGCAAUCUGAUUUGCUUCACUCUUCUUAGCACAGAAAUUGGAUUUUCUAUAUUACAGAUAACUUAAUACCCUAGUGCAGUCUUCCUCAACCUUGGUACCACCAGUUGUUGUAGGGCUACGAAAAUCUGUGACAUCAGGUGUGGAGAGGAAUGAGUUAAAUCCUUUCACAGUAACAUUAAUAGAGGAGGAAUAGCAGCAAACUGAGUCCUAUACCUGGUGACUGGAAGAACUACAUCACUUUAAUGCUUCUUUUUCUAGAGAUAUAAAGACACUGAAUAUCUUCCUCACUAAAGCAAAUCUUAUAAAACUGGGUGACUAUGGUUUGGCGAAAAAGCUGAACUCUGAAUAUUCGAUGGCUGAAACAGUGAGUGUCUGAAACUUUAAUGUUUUGAUAGACUAAUUUAUUUGUACCUGUCUGGGAUUUUGUGAGCAAAUCAGGAGCUUGGGGUCCUUUGAUGCCACUUAAUGCUGUUUGCUUCUUUUCCUACUCCACUUCUGAAUUGUCUUGUUAGAAAUAUAAUAUAUCCUGUUACUUUGUAACCUGCCAUUAGCAAAUAUGUAUUCAUUCAGAUUUGCAACCCUUCAGUUGGGAAGGGCAGCAGAUCCAGCCUCCGUGGAGCAUUCUUGUAAGUUACCACUACUGCCUCUUUCUCCUCUGCAUGCCCACAGCCAUGCAGUCUUGCUGUUGCUGCUGCACCUGUUUGUCACCCAGAAGCAGGUGGCGUGGGCACGCAGGCGGUAGGUGUCCAGCAGAGGCAGUGGGAGGGUUGGAGUGGCAUUUUCUGUUCUGCCUUUAGUGACAAAACAGUCUUGGGCCAGCCCAGAAAAAGAAUAGAAGAUGUCUUAUAAUCCAGUAGUUAAGUUUUUACUUUGCAUGCUGAAACACAAUAUAAGCAUGUUUGGGAGAUGGGUGUUCUUAUAUAAAAUGACUAGAAAUUAGCACUUGCAGGGAAAACAAUGAACUGUGUCUGAUCCACUGGUAUCAAGGAGUUGGGCAGACUAUCUCUAACAUUUUUGCUCUGUUGUGUAGUUGGUAGGAACCCCGUACUACAUGUCUCCAGAGCUCUGCCAGGGAGUAAAAUACAACUUCAAAUCUGAUAUCUGGGCAGUUGGUUGUGUUGCCUUUGAGCUCCUCACACUGAAAAGAACUUUUGAUGCAACAGUAAGUCACACUUUGACUGGUCCCUAACUCUACAUAAUUUCCUUUAGUCAUUUUUAAUGUUCUGUGUGUGCUUGAGAGCGCAAGAGGGAGCCCCCAGUUGUGAAGAAUGUGUUACAGUGAGAGCUGUAGGUCAGUUGGGUAUCUCCUGUUCAGGGAUGAUUAUCAUGCUUGAAUUAGACCCACUGAAAUUGAUGGACCCAAAUAACAAGUCCAUUGAUUUAAGUGGUUCUGAAUAUGACUUACUUGGAUAUCACCCAGUAAAUUGCCCCUUGCUGAUGUUCUGAGUCUAUCUAGAAAGUGUAUAGGAAGCUGUCUUCUACUGAAUCAUACAGUUGCUAUAUGUAGUUUGGUAUUUUCUACACUGCCUGAAAGUGGUUGUCUAGGGUUUCAGGUAGGAGUCUCUUCCAGCCUUACCUGGAAAUACUCGAAUUGAAUCUAGAACUUUUUGCAUGAAAAGCAAAUGUUCUGCCACUGAACUAUGUUCCAAUAGUACGUAACAUCUGAAACAGAGAGAGAGAGAAUAUAAUGCAGAUCCACGGGACAUCUUCUUAAACAGGUUCUCCAGAUGCACUUGAAUAAUCACACUAUUUCCUUUCUAGAAUCCCUUGAACCUCUGUCUGAAGAUUGUGCAAGGGAACCGAGCAAUGGAGGUAGAUUCCAGUGUUUAUUCUCUGGACCUAAUCCACAUGGUCCACUCCUGCCUUGAUCAGGUUGGUGAGAUACAGUUUUCUUUCAACUUUGCUGCCUCAGUGACACAACUUCAGAGGAAAGUGGGGUAAAUGCCUUGUAUUAAUUACAAGACUGGAUAUGUAAGUUUCUGGGCAUCCUUGUGUAUGGGCUCUGCAGAAUGUGUGUUCUUGGCUGCCCAAGAUCUGCAGCAGCUUAGAAACUGUUAAAAUACCUUUGUAUUUGAAGUGAAGAAUCUACAGUGGCCUUUAACUUGACACUUUCUGCUAACUUUAAUAUUCCUUUGAUUCUCUGUAUAUUGGGGAAAUGGGUAAAGACCAUAAGAAUGUGGUUAGUUAAUCUGCCCUGAGACUUAAUUGUUGAAAAAUGAUCCCUUUCCUUAGGGAGUGACCUGUCACUCACCUCUUUCAGGAUCCUGAGAAGAGGCCGACUGCUGAUGAGCUGCUUGAGAGUCCCCUUAUCAGCAAGCACAGGAGGUAAAGAGUUGUACAUUCCUUGGACAUGAACAGGCCAUGUUGUUUGGGAGAGAGCUACAGAAUCUUGUACAGCCUACUAGUCAUGUCAAUGCUUCCCACAUUCAUUCACUUUGGCCAUUGACUGAUGAGGCACAUCUUAGAAUCAUAGCAUUGGAAGGGACCCUGAGGGCCAUCUAGUAGGAUUAGGUAGGAUUCUUCUGCAUGGCAUUUAGUGUCUGUUAAGCCUGUUGGAAUCCCCUGUCAGAAGUGCUGUAAUAACAGAUGGUUGCUAUUCUUCUUAUUGCUUUUUUUUUUCAUGGCAGGGAGAUGGAAGAGAAAGUUGUGCUGCUUAAUGGCCCAAACAAACGACCAAGGUAAUGGAGUGUGUGUUGUACAGCGGAAUUAAAGGAAAUAGGUCCCUAGACGUACUCAUCCUUACUUGAUUGCUUCACACUUUCAAUGUUAUCUUUUAGGUAAUGCAUGAGGCUACCACCUUGCUGAAGCUAAGCGGGUCUGAGUCUGGUCUGCACCUAGAUGGGAGACUACCUGGGUACAAUGUGUACACUGCCUUGAGUUCCAAAAGGGAAGAAGGCAGCUUCCACUCUUGUAAACUGUGCCCAUUCUUCUCUACAGAUUUGAAUUGGACAGCAUCCAACUAAGCAGUUCUGCUAAUGCAAGGAGUUAGCUGUGCAGUGGAACUUACCUGCCCACAACUCUUCCUGUUGUGACACUUAAAUCUGUUCAGGGGAUGCACAAGGAGAAGGUGGGGGAAUUCCAUUGUGCAGCUAAAAGUCUUUGUGCGCAGCUAGCAGAACUGUUUAGUUGUAUGCCACCUAUUGACUUGACACCAAACUGCACUUAAAAAUACUUCAUUGCUGAUACUACUACGUUUUUCUCUCCUUAAGAUAAAAGCCACUUGCUGUGGAAGAUUAUCCUUCAUGGAAUGCUGUAAAUUUGCGUGUAACAAAAUGUUGAUGUUCUAAACAAAGUUGCUGAAGUGUUUGCAUAUUUUUUUCAAUUUUUAACUGUGAAGCUUCGCUCAUGCUACUGUUUCUGGAAAUUCAAAAGCCUUGCUUGAGUCAUCAAAUUGGAUUCUGAUCUUUAUUUGUAUGCAGAUUGGAGUAAUCUUCUUCAAUCUUUGUUUAUCUAUCCCUAGGUUCCCUACCUUUAAAUUCCUAAUACUGUUUAUGUGGCUUCUGAACAACACGAGUACCACUAAGGCUUAUAUAAAAUGUUUCUGCCUGGAACCUGGGAAUUUAAUUUUCUUCCAGCUUGUCUUCUAUUUCAGGGCUUCUAAAGCUACUCAUGCUAAACAGUGAUGACUCUUCAUAACUCCCCUAUUGACCUCAUGUUUUACAGAACAAGCACCAUGAACGAGGCUCCUAUUGCUGUGGUGACAUCACGCACGAGUGAAGUAUAUGUCUGGGGGGGUGGGAAGUCAUCCCCUCAGAAGCUGGAUGCCAUUAAAAGUGGCUGCAGUGCACGACAGGUCUGUGCAGGAAACACCCAUUUUGCAGUGGUUACAGUAGAAAAGGAGCUCUAUACUUGGGUGGUAAGUGAAGUGUAUGAAAAGUACUUUGGAAACUUGGAUAAUGUGUGAAGGCAGUGCAGAAUGGAUCUUGCAUGAGUCAUAUUUAAGGUGUCACAUCACUACUGAUUGUCAGUACAGUUGGAUAUUCCUAGUUAAUAAGUUGCAAAAAGUUGUAAGAGGUGUUACUCCCCAUUCAAGAGUUUAUGCUGCUUAAGUUCAAGGUCUAAAACAUGUACAGGGGUUUUUUUUGUUUGUUUGUUUUGCUUUCUGUAUAUGGCAGCAGUUAUUUCACCUCCAGGAAAAAGCCCCAAAGGUUCAGACAAGUGCAGCAACACCCUAUAACAUGUGAGAGGCUGUUGCUGAAAGAAAAAUAGGGCACUCUCCCCGGUGUGUGCAUGAAGGUGUACAUGGGUCUCUCAGGAUCCCAGUUGAAGUAUAUAUAGUUUGUUACUUGGUUCCUUCGCAUCAGACCUGCUAAUAAUGCUCCUUGGAGUUCCCAGGAUGCAUCCUUUACCAUCCUUUACCAUGCUUCUGCAUAUUACAGAACAUGCAAGGGGGCACCAAAUUGCAUGGCCAACUGGGACAUGGAGACAAAGCCUCCUAUCGGCAGCCUAAGCAUGUGGAAAAACUGCAGGGCAAAGCCAUUCGCCAAGUGUCUUGUGGAGAUGACUUUACUGUCUGCAUCACAGGUAAGAGACAGGUAAACUGUACCAGCAGAUAAAUGGUGUGGAAGAACUCAAAUGCUAUCUUGUUUUUGUUAUAUACAUUGUAAACCACCCUGUGGUCCCUGGAUGAAGGGUGAUGCAUAAAUGUAAAACAUAAAUAAACAAAUAACAUAUGUAUUGGCUGAAAAAGAAAAUGACCUUUGCAGCAAGAGAGCAUGAAAUAUUAUGGCAUAGGUAAAUACAGGGAAUUGCUGUACUGCUGCACUGGAAUUAGUGCAGCUUCCCAAGAUCAAUAUUUAUUUCAUGUUGCUUUAAACAUUUAUAUAUCACCAACAUCUAUAUACAGCAUAAAACCAAUACAAUAAAACACAAAAAGAUGAGGAAGAAAACAUGUUUUACAGUCAAAAAAGAUUCUGCAUGGUAACCUCUGUGAUAUGCAUACACGGUGUAGAUAUGGGGCACCCUAUCAUUUAGUGGACGCAGGGCAGGGCACAUUAGUCCAAGCAUGUAAUUGACCCAACUUGAUCUAGAUAAUUAGAUAACAUGGUAGUCUGGUUUCCCUGUGUUUGAAGGAGUCAGAAUCUCUAUCUUACUCAUUUGUCCCUUCCUUUCAUGUAGAUGAGGGUCAAGCCUUUGCCUUCGGCUCAGACUACUAUGGCUGUAUAGGUGUUUCCAAGGCAUUUGGUUCUGAGGUUUUGGAGCCCAGGCAGCUGACCGUGUUCCUCAGCAACCCGGUGGAGCAGGUUUCUUGUGGAGAUAACCAUGUGGCUGUGCUGACCCGAAACCGAGAGGUCUACACAUGGGGCUGUGGCGAAUAUGGUAUGUGGCUUUCUGUCUGCAGUCUCUAAUACUGGCAGUAGAGACUGAGGCAAAAUGCACACAAUAAGAGUCAUUCGAAGGAAAAACAUGCAUGCUCCUUCUCAAGUUUCAUUUUAUAUGGUUGUGAACCACUUAGAUGUUUUCUUAAAAUCAAAUGGUAUCAUUUUUUGUGUGAAAUAAAAAUGUAACUACAGUAUAAUCACAGGCAAUUGAGAGGCACUGUUUUGGUAACUGACCGGUGACAGAUCCAACUUUUACUGUUAUGAAAGACAUCAGAUUAAAUUGGGAUCCUUAAUUCUGGAAAGAUGGAUGGUCAUAUCUAUGAUGUUGGAUCUGUGAACAUGAGAAAUGAGGCAGCCCUGUUUCCUCAGACUGGACAGUCUGCUUUAAAUCUGAAAGUCAUUAUCUGUAAUAGUGUCCUUCAGCCAGGGGCGAAACUAGGCUUUGCUUCACCCAGGUCAAAGACCCAGAUUGGCGCACGCGCACACACACAACCCCACGCAUUUGUGUACAAACACACAGGUUUGGAGCCUCAAUGGCGCCCCUCUAGAUGCUUCACUCGGGGCAAAAACCCCAAUCCCCCCCCCCAUAGCUAUGGCACUGCCUUCAGCACUAGGAAAUUUCUCAUUAUUGUCUCUUCUCAAAUGCAGGUCGCUUAGGUUUGGAUUCAGAAGAGGAUCACUGCCUCCCACAGAAGGUAAAACUGACUAGACUUUUGCCAUACUUUAUGGGCUUCACACAGGUCCACUGUGGCUCUGUUGUGGGGUAUGUCCUCUCUUAAGACAGUUUUCUAAAGUUAUAACAAUUUCAAGACCACGAAUUUGGUACAGUUCAAUAAUCAAUAGGGAUAAGCUGGUGGAAGAAAGUAAUUCAAAGAUCGCUUCUUAUUGCGCCUAAGAUUUCAGACUAAAACUGCAGAGUGGAAGAAAAGGAGGACCUUUUCUGCCUCCCCACUUCCAGCUACUCUCUGAAGACUGUAGAAGAGACCCUCUUAAGAAAAUUAGGGAGGUGGGCAGGGGAAGGCUAGACCAGGGGUCAGCAACCUGCGGCCCACAGGCUACAAGUGGCCCAUGGAGGUUUUUUUAACGGCCCAUGAGCUGCCCACUUGGUGAGUCUCCGCGCACUGCGCUAAACCGGUGCAACGCAGAGCAGGGACUCACUUCUGCAAUGCCAGAAAUCGUUUCUGCACAUGCACAGACACCAGAAAUUGCAUCUGCACAGACGCAAUCCGGCCCACGGAGCGAUCUCCGCGGGAGUGAACCGGCCCAGGCGAGGUAAACCUUGCCAACCCCUGGACUAGACCAUGUGAAAAAUGAGCAUAAUAUUUUAGUUUCAGUUCAUUCAUGUACAUCUUUGUAUUCUUGUUAUAAAAGCACCUAGACAUUCUGCUGUUGUGUAGGUUUAUGGUUCCAUUUAGCUCCUAGCUUUCAUAUCUCAGUUUCUAACUCUGGCACCACUACUGAGGAGGCACCCUGCCUGGUUCCCUGUUGCUUCACUUCUUGCAGCGAGGGAACCACCAGAAGGCCCUCGGUGCUGGAUCUCCUUUCUACCUAGUCUAGAUAUUAUUAUAUUUGGUCUUCACUUAGGAAAAUAGGAGCCUUAUCAAACCAGGUCAGAAUAUUUGUCCAAUUUGCCCAGAAUUAUUUACUCUUGCUAUCAGCAGGUCUCCAAGGUUUCAAGCAGAGGUCUUUCAUGUCACCUGCUACUUCAUCCUUUUUUAAAAGUGGAGGUUAUAAGGAUUGCAUUGGGACUUUGUUCAUACAAAGCAUCUACUCUGCUAUUGAACUAAAAUUUCUCUUACUUGUUGACUCUGAAGUAUUCUGUUGCAAGGAUGUAUCAUGUUUCUCCUCUAUAGGUAGAAAUUCAGAAGACUUCCAAUAUUGUUUCAGUCCAGUGUGGCAGUGAUGGAACCUUCCUACUCACACAGGCAGGCAAAGUUUUGGCUUGCGGUCUGAAUGAGUUCAACAAACUGGGCCUGAACCAAUGCACUUCAGGGAUCAUUAAUCACGAUGUGAGUAGUAAUUUUCAAAUUGCGUGGGAAAUAAAGUUCUGGAAGUAGCAAACGUGUAUCUAUUAAUAAAAAUGAAUUUAUUUUCAAUAAUCAUUAAUAAAUUAAACAUAACAUAUUUAUUGAGUACUAGGUUGGAGCCAUAGAAGGAAAAGAAAAACUAAUGUGAUAUACCACGCUUGGCAGUAGGCUGCUUUCAGUUUUGUGUGGUACAUUCAGCUACAGGUUGGGUGUAUUUGAGCAGUCUGUACAAGAAAAUAGAAUUUGAUCUAGGCAAAAAUUGUUUGCUUUGGAGGGACCUGUAUGAUACUAUGGCUUAGUGAAGCACCACAUGGAUAGAUUUGUUGGACUGUUUGCUCUCUUCCCUUAGGCUUACCAAGAAAUUCCAUACACCACCUGCUUCACUUUGGCCAAGAAACUCUCCUUCUACAAAGUUCGCACCAUUGCCCCAGGAAAGACACACACAGCUGCCAUAGAUGGUGAGAUCUAAUCCCAUUGUAAUUUUAUUUCAUUCUUACAAAAUAAAAUCUGUAAAAUACUUGGGGUGGGGGGGUGCUUAAUGGUCCAAACAAACGACCAGGGUAAUGGAUUGAGUGUUGAAGAGUGGAAUUAAAGUAUGUUUCAACAUCAGAAUCUGUUCAUCACAUCCCUUGCAAACAUAGAUCCGUUUGAGACUGGAAAACAUUGUAAAUUAAUAAAGUACAGACUUGUUAAAAUUAGUGCACCCUUGCAUUUAGCACUGUAUUUUAAAUCUGCUGUUUCAAAAUUUAAGCUCUACAAACUAUUUGAGGUUUAUUGAACAGGACCAAUGCUGAUUUUGAAAUUAGUUUCUUUGUUCCACAUUAGUAAAAAAAAUCUGAAACCUGAGAAUUACCGGUGAUGUAGCAAACCCAACUAUCAGAUAAAGAGGAAGCCUGUCUGGUUCUCCAGUAGAGCUUAGCCACUGAUGUGGUAUCCGCAAUGAGCCUUGUUCUUCCUUUCUUUCAGAACGGGGUCGUUUGCUUACCUUUGGCUCCAACAAGUGUGGGCAGCUGGGUGUUGGAGACUAUAAGAAACGUCUGGGUAUUAAUCUGCUAGGAGGACCUCUUGGGGGGAAGCAGGUCAUCAGGGUUUCCUGUGGCGAUGAGUUCACUAUAGCUGCUACUGAUGGUGAGUGUUGGUGCUGGUGAGUUGGCCAUGAUUUUUUGUAAGCAGCAUCUGCAGAGGGCCAAGGGUGGCUACCUGCAAUACUGGAGGAGAAUAACAUCCCGACUGAUUUGCAUUAGAGGAGAGGAACUUUGCUGUCUAGCAAUAAUGGUAGUAAAGCAACACAAAACAUAAUGUUCCUGCAGGAGUGCCAUAUGCUGGUGGUUGGGAACCUCUGGCCUAAGUAGGCCUGCCAGACCUCUCCCUUUGGUUUGCCAAGCUGUUUUGUGCAAGCCACACGCACCUGUCAAACAUCCGAUGACCUGUGAUGUCAGGUGUGAGGCAGUAAAGGGGAUAUCUAAUCUUCAUUCUAAGCACUACAGCACUAAGAUUGGAGAUAAGCCCUCUGGCUACUCAUUGACAAUAAAAGGCAGUCUUUCCCUUUUCUGCCACUGUAAUGCUGGGGUGAGGGUAGAAAUGCUGCCUUCUGUCUUUUACUGUUAAGAAAUAGCUCUGCCUGAUCUUUACCCUCAUAUCUUUGUGCAAAACAACAUAUAUCCAAGAUUGGAGAUAAACUAUCUGUCUGCUCUUUCUCUAAAGAACAAGUAGAGAGCCUAUCUCCAACCUUAGUGCUGUGGUUCUUAGCACUAACAAAGGGUGAUAAAAUCCCUGAUCUUCUGUUAAAUUAAGGCAGAGGGAUCUUUCCAGCCACCCCUUCCAAGAACUGGAGUGGAGAUAGUUAGAAAUGCUGAGUGUAUGUGCAUGCAUGCGUACCUGGUGUGAGAGUGCAUGUAUGAGUAUAUUACUGCAUGUAUGUACAUGUACAAGUUGAGAGGUGUCUGGUGUAUGUGUUUCAAUGGGGGAUUAGAGGUACAUGCAUUUGUCUUUUCUGAGGAGUUCUUCCACCCACCCACCAUUGGAAUGACGCUCCCAGAAUACUGGGCAAGUGCCAGUCUGGCCCCUCGCGGAAAAUAGGUUCUCAACCGCUGUCUUAUGGUGUUCUUCUAGACUGCAUUAUUAAAAUUUCAACUAAAGGUGAGCCAUUUGAGUGGAAUGAAAUGCAGCUGUAUAGGAAUCCUUGAAAGGCAGUUUGGAGUGUUUGACUUGAGACUAAUAACACUUUUCUCUUCCCCAGAUAACCAUAUCUUUGCCUGGGGUAAUGGUGGAAAUGGCCGUUUAGCAAUGACACCAACAGAAAGGGCUCAUAGUUCUGAUAUUUGUACAUCAUGGCCUCGGCCCAUUUUUGGUUCCCUGCAUUACGUCCCAGAUUUAUCUUGCCGCGGCUGGCACACCAUCAUAAUUGUUGGUGAGUAUUAAAAAGUUGGGAAACAGGAUCCUACUCAGGAAUACUUGUCUUCUCUAAUCAUAAGGGAAAUGUAAAAUGUAACAAGUUCACUGGAAGAGUAGGCGAUAACCUUUCUAAGGAAAUAGAUCAGCAUGUUUUUGGAAUCUUCAUCUGAGAAAAUUUUCCUACUUUCUCUCCAGAAAAAGUUAUAAAUUCUAAAACCAUCCUCCGCUCCAGUAGCAGUGGCCUCUCAAUUGGGACUGGUAAGUAAUCAGGCUUUUAAUAAUAGGCCAAAGCUGGGAAAACACCAACUAGGCUUUAGGAAAGAGGUGGGAGGACUGUAGGACCCUGUCAGAGCCCUCAUGCCUCCUUCCCCAAGCCCAGUGCCUUGCUUACCCGGCUUUGGGAAGGCAGCAUGCGGGCUGGGCGGUGUGUGUGUGUGUGUGUGAUGUUGCCAAGAGCCACCAAAGAGGCCUCAAUGGCUGCAUGUAGCUCUCAGGCCAUCUUGCCUGCUGCUUGAUGGACCAAAUGGGCUGACUCAGUGUACCUUCAUUCCUAUCUGAAAACCUCAUCUUGACCUAGCCCAUCCGUUUCUUUUUUAAAACUCCUCUGGUAGAUUAUUCUACUUUUGUAGCUUAUUCUUUCCCCCCAUUUCAUACAUCGGAGAGCACAAAGGUUCUUUUCCUUGACUAACCUGGUUCGGCCCACCUGAUUGAAUCAGUAGAUGGGAGAACUAGUCUAAGAAGAUGGAUAAGUGGUAUUGCCAGAAAAGAAAAAGAUGGUGAAAGUUAAAGUUGGGGAAGAGGCACAGGGUUGAUAAAAUAAGUCUCUUCCUAUUACAUUUGAAAUAAUAAUGGUUUGUAGACAAAUGUCUGAUAAUAUAUAGUAGGUUUAUCUAUCACAAAAAUCUAAGGGGUCUGCAUUUCCAGAAGGUGGUAACUUUUGGCUCAGCGUAAGCUACUGUAAGUCCCCAGUGAAUUAGUUUCUUUCCCCCUCCACGCCCCCCACAACCGUUGUAUGGACAUUAGUAUAAUUUAUUACAAUUGCCCAAAAUUGUGUGUCUAGUAAAAAAUAAUUCCAAACCUUUGGGGGGGUGUAUGUUCUGAAUAUGCCCAGGAUCCUAUGUGAGCUGAUGUACCUGAGUCUCAUAUGUUGUUUACUGUUGGAUUAUCUUCUUUUUGCAUCACCAUUCUGAGGUCUGACAAGACCUGCAUUCCCAAGGCUGAAGAUGCUCCUGAGCGAACAAGGGAAAUAUUUAAGGAUUUUAAUACUCUACCCAUUUCUGCUAGUGGCCCAAAGCUCUACAGCUGAAGGAGGAGAAGAGGAGGAAAGUGAGCGGGACUCUGAGACCCCUGACCCCAGCAGAGGUUUCCGAGGAACCAUGGAAGCAGACCAUGGGAUGGGGGAUCGGAUUAGUGCAACAGAAGCAGUUGCAGACAGCAGUGCUGCCAGUAGCUCCUGCCCUAGCUGGUUACGCAAGGUAACAAUUUCUGUCUCACCUAAAGCAAAGUGGGUACAGGAAAACUGAAUAGCAUUUCUUCAAUAAAGGUGGAGAAUUUGUGGGUGAGAGGUUUCUCCUUGAAGUUUAGUUGAAUCUUAGAAUCAUAGAACUUUAGAAUCAUAGAAUUGUAGAGUUGGAAGGGACCCUAAGGAUAAUCUAGUUCAAGCCCCUGUGGUGUAGGAAUCGCAACUAAAGAAUCCCUGAUAGGGGCCCAUCCAACCUCUGUUUAAAAAUCUCCAGUGAAGGAAAGUCUCCCACUAUCUGAAGUCGUCUGCUCCUUUUUCAAAUAGCUUACUGUCAGAAAGUUCUUCCUAAUGUUCUUUUCUUGGCAAAUCAUAAAAACACCAUGGUAAAUUUUGCCUCUAUUCCGGAAUCGCUUCUAAGGGCGUGGUUUGAAUAGCUUUUUAGGUGGGGCUUUUCAGGUAACAGAAGAAAGAAGAGAAACCUUGAUUAGAAGGAUGAUCGGUUUUGAAUUCCACACCCAUAAUUUUACGAUGUAUACCACUUGGAGUGUUUUGUGAUUUAGCAGUGAAUAAAUAUUUCUAAUUAAAACAAAUAAAAAAGAAAUGGGGUCAGAAAUCCAGAUUCAAAGUUUGAGAGAUUGAGAUUAAAGUAGAAACCAUUUUAAACUGUCUUUGGCAUUUUGUUUAUAUUUUUCUUUUCGUGAUGUGCUUUUUUAUCAUUUUGAUUGUAAAUGCCCUGAAAGCUGAUGUUGAAAGUUGAUAUAAAAUUCCUUUUUCCUAUUCUGAUUAGCUUCUAGUAAAAAUAACGGAGCAGAAGCAAGUUAAAGCUACAAUAUAUCCCAUCUAGCCUUUUGUAUCGAUGAGAUCUCUUUUUAUCGAGUGCCUGUUCUUUUAUAAAAUCAUACCUCAUGUUACGUUUGCAGCUUUUCAGGUUACGAACGCAGCAAACCCGGAAGUGUUUACUUCGGGGUUCGCCAUGCGCGCAUGCGCAGAAGCAACCUGCAUGCUUUGCGCAUGCGCAGAAAUGCUCUAUUGCACUUUGCGCACACGCAGUAGCGGUGCUCUACUUACGGACUUGUCGGGGUGUGAACGGCACCCUGAAACGGGUCACAUUCGUAAGUAGAGGUACCACUGUACAGUCGUGCCUUAGAAGUUGAAAACCUUGCAAGAUGAACGUUUUGGCUCCCAGACACCACAAACCAAUUGUUCCGGGAACCCGAACAUCCGCCGUUCAUGCAGCCAACGGAAAGCCACGCCUUAGUUCCCAAACAUUUUGGAAGUCGAACGGACUUCCAAAACGGAUUCUGUUUAACUUCCGAGGUUCGACUAUAAUGCUAAAAAAGGUUCUGAAGCAGUUAAAAACAUAACCAUUCCAUAUAAUUCUCCUUAGUUUAUAGAUAAGUACCAAAACCCUAAAAAGCAAUAUAGAAACAAGAAAUUAGUUUUGUAGGACUGCACAGAUUAGUUCAUAAUGUGUAGGAUACAUUUUGUUGACCUCCCUUGUAAAACUGAACAGCAGGAUAAGUAAGUGAAAUGCAAGUAAAACUGGCAGAACCUAAAAUUUAAUAUCAGCCCAUCAUUGAGGCAAUACCAAAGUCUUUCUUUCACAGAUAAAUCCACACAUAGCAGAGCAUGGUUUGCCAUUGCUGGACAGCAGUCUAUUGUAAGUGCCAAUGAAACAAACAUUAUGAAAUCUGGCAGUCAUUUGUAUCCUGACACUGAACAAAGCUUAUCCACUGAAUCGUCCCAAAAAGAAUAUUAUUGGGGCACAAACCCAAACUAUCAAGAUUAUGCCUCAAAUACUCAUCAGUUCUGCCACUUCUAUUGAAUUCAGUCUGUCACUAAGAAUAGAAGGAUACAUAUUGCAAGAACACAUAAUUUCUCUCUGUUACAUUCAAUGACCCAUCCUAUAUUUUGGGGGAAUAGCACGAAGACAAGUAGAACAGAAAGGAGACAGGCUCCAGUCUUUACUGGAAUAAGAUGUUUAUUUAGCUCAGUGUGUUCCAGAGAAAAAACUCCUUUGUUAGAAGCUAUAAGCAAAGAUAAAUAUAAGAAUAAAGGACAUUGUUAUUGCAUCAUAAAAACACAAAACCUUGUAAAAAUUAAAAAUACAUAAAUUCAGAAAAUCUAAAGAUAUAAAUCAAAAAAUUGUUACACUCUUAACAAAGUUUGGAAAUACGUGAACUGUGCAUCAGUAAAUCUUAAUAAACCUCCACGUUUGACUCUUAGAGCCAUUAUCUGCAGUGUGCAUCACACUGUGGCUAUUUUCUAAACAGAAAGAGAGUGCCACCUGUGUUCCUUUUUUAUAUUCCUCAUAUUGCAGCAAAGGUAGAUAAGAAAGUGAAGAAAAUCUGACAUUGUUCAUUUUCUCUCUCUUUCUCUCUCUCUCUCUCUCUCUCUCUCUCUCUGUGUGUGUGUGUGUGUGUGUAACCAGGAGCUGGAGAAUGCAGAGUUCAUCCCCAUGCCUGAAAACCCCUCUCUUGUGAGCCUAGCCUCUUCAGAAUCUGACAAAGAAACUCUUCCCUACAAUGAGCUUAAGGGACUGCACUUGGCUUCACCCACACAUGCUGAUAACAAGUCUGAAGCAGGAUCUUGGGUAAAUUAAAUUGCUAAACAUGGAACUCUUCAAGACAGUUUGGGGCUGAUGGUAGAAACAGGAUGCAAGGAUAAUAAUUCAGACUGGUAUAGAUACAGACUUUACAUGGGAAAGAGAGAUAGUACAUAGGAGAGGAUGUAGUCUUUUCAUUUCUGAAUAGUGGAUAACAGUGAGAAAUUAAUCCCAGCAGCAAUUGAUUGAGCAAGGAGACAGAUUUCUGAGAAUUAUCUGAUACUGAUGCUGUUUACGGGCUUCAUAAUUUAAUUUACCUCGCCCUAAGGAGCACCUUUGGUAAGGCACUUUUUUACCCUUCAUUUCAAGAAAUCAGAUUAUGUUUGAGGAGGAGAAUUAAAGAAAGAAAACAUCUCAAGAAACAGGUACAGCUGUGGGAAAGGAUGUAGUCUUAACCUACCCAGUCUCAAAAUAGAAUGCAUAUGACAUUUGCAGCUACAGAUUUGACAACAAUUUCUCUAUGAGCUAAUAUUUCAGUACAUCACUUAUUCAAGAAUUCUGCUUCCAUUAUUUAGUAUUAAAUUCUCAAUACUUUUGCUCUCAUCUUCUACCCAUGGCUUGCUGCCAUGACCUGGGCAAGUAUAGGCUUGGAAAAUUUUCCACAUUGUACAUAGAUAUACAGGGUGAGUCCUUUAAAAGAGGGCCCGUGGAUACAGAGUACACAUGUUCCACGGGGCCUCUUUUAAAAGACUCACCCUGUAUAUGUAUAUACAAACAAGCUCAUUCCUGAAUCUCCUGUCUUUCUUGUGCAGCGGCAACCCUUGGAUUCAGCAGAGCCCUGUAGUGGGCAGAAGACAUUUGGGGUACCAACUGCAUGCAAAUGCAGUUUGCUGCAGACUGAAGUGGAACGUCUGCAUGGCUUAAUAUCAAAGUGUUUGGCUGACCAGCAGAUGCUGCAGCAACAAACCAACCGUCUCAGUGCCCAGCUCCAGAGUCUCUCCAGGAGGACAGAAGGGUCACAGCAGGUAAGGUUUCCAUUGUGAGAAGGAUGACAUAUUAAAUGCUGGAGUAAUUCCUAAUGUUCCUGUAGUUCUGUGGAAUUGGUGCUGAGAUCUAGAUUAAGAGAAGUUAGGCUGUAGCAGCCAGUUGAUAAAGUUGGAUGCAAGCUAACAGAGACGCAGAACGUGUGGCUUAUACUGCAGUAAUCUAGUAGCUUCAGACAACCUUGGGUUUGUUGGAUUUGUGGCUAGGAAUUGUUGACUGUAAUAUAGUGAUGACUGUUUUGUUGGAAGGCUGGAGGAUGCCUGACUCUACAUUUACCAGCAGCAUUUGGGGAUGCUAGUGUUGGCUUAACCUAGAAACAAAUGGGGUCUCUCUUACAUCACUCCACUUUUAUUUCUCUUCCCCUGCCUGAAGACCCCUGGAGGCUGAUAAUGGGGAAAAAGUUGAUUAUUAAAACACACUUGUUUUUCCUUUCAGUUGGUCAUCCCAUGUCUGGAGUGUAACUUGAGCUCUGUUAGCUAAUAGUAGAGGCAGGCUGCCCCCCGUAAAUAUGUUCCAGAUUAGCAGGUCUCUGGGAAGCAGCAGAUUUUUUAAUAACACUUCCUUGGCAGUCUGAGCAGAUGGUUGUUCGACUCUAAACCUCACUAUUCUAUUCUUUGUACAUGUGUGCAAUAACCGAAUGCAGCAGACAUGGUUUAACUGAACAGCCAAGUGACAGAGUUCAUGUGCAAUAUAUAAUGUGUUUCUUUAUUCUAUCAGGAGUAAUUUUUGUUUGUUUGUCUGGGCAGCUUGAGGCUCAUUCCAAAGCCACACAAACAUCCAAGGAAGAGAUGGAAGCAGAUCCAAAGCCUGACUUGGAUUCUGACUCCUGGUGUCUCCUGGGAACUGACUCAUGCCGCUUCAGCCUGUAGUCUUUUAAGUUCACUGGAAUCUAUCCAAUUUCACAGCACACUAACUUGAAUGAAGAGAGCAGGUUUCCUGGCUUCAGGUCCUUUGUGAACAAGAAGGUCAGGGUCUUCACAGCGUCCAUGUAUGCAAGAGGGGAAGCUCCUCCCUAAGCUAUGAACCUAGGAGGACAUUUAGAGAAAGGCAGAGCCCAAAGUUCAAGCCAGGGUCUGUUCAGACAUCAGCAGCCUGCCCUCUCUAUAAAUACAUUAUCUCAGUCUGCCCUUGAGGUCAGGUAGCCACACCGCAGGAAUGGCUCCAAUAGCAUGUCCUUAAUCCCCCCCCCCCAACUUUGCAAAGGCAGUAUUGAGCCCUGACACAUCAUCUUCUGGCGACUGAAAAAGGAAAGAAAAUGAAUACCAACAAUAACAGUCAAACUGUCAUGCUCCAAGUUGCUUUCAACCUAAAGUCAAAGGGCAGGACAUCAGCUUUGUAGGAGGGGAAGCAUUGGAAAAAUACUACUCUGAAGGUGGAAACAGAGAAAAUCUGUCUUUCACUGCAGAUGCAUUUCUGGUUAUAUUUCCUCCAAUCUGUACAGAAGGUGUUUUUAACUUUUAACUGAAGGGAUGUUAGGGAGAGGAUCUCUGUCACCCUUUUCUUAGCACUUCUAGGUACGGUUCUGAUACAUUUUUUUUUUUUAAUGGCUGUAUUUUCCAGUUAUCCAAGUAGUCUGUAGUUCACAGCAAUUAUUUUUCAAGCCAGCCAAGGACUACGUGAAAUUGAAAUUGGACACACAACUUACUUGCUUCUUCUUUUCAUCUUAGUUUGAGUACUGGAGUGAGUUGUUGAAAGCCUCUUGGCUUUGCGCCCCUUCUGCAAAUCAGUAUUUUCAUUUCCUGUCUAAUUCUUGAUGAAGCUGGAAGAAAGCAGUGUCAGCUUUAAUAAUUUAUCCAAAUAAAUUACUUAGAACCAUAGACUUGGUAGAGUUGGAAGGGACCAUGAGGGUCAUCUUGUCCAACCCACAACCUUGAGAUUAAGUCUCAUGCUCUACCAACUGAGCUAUCUUGGCUUGUAAUAGACUAACAUAUACCAAUUCAAAGCUUUCUAGUUUAAUCAGUUCUAAACUGUAUAUAAGGGAACUCUGAAGAUAGAGUUUCUGCUUUUCACCUUAAAGAUGAAAUUGAUACUUUUGCUAAAUGGUGUAAUUGGCAUAAUUGUGAUUCCUGGGAGCCACUUCUGCAUACUCCCCACCCUGGAGUGGAAUUCCCACUGUUCCUUAUUUAAGAAAAUAAUACCCUAAUCUAACUUUCGUGAACAGUUACUGUAUCUAUUUUGUCUUUUAUUUGCUAGUCAUAGAUGGAGUUUACAAUCUUCCAUUCACUUGUCUCUAAUAUCCCCUUAUGCACUUUUCUCUUCUAGAACUAUUAUCAGACUGAUAAACAUUUUCUGGCUGGAAACAGGUGCUAGAGUAUCCUACCCUAAUAGUUCCAUUGUUGAGGAAUUCUCCAAAUACUGUCUUGGAACUGACUUAGAUACCAUUUUUUUCUUCUGUUCAGCCCCAAGAAUAGUGUUGGUAUGCCUUUCCUUACUGUUGGUGGAGGAAGGAGAAGAGCUUGAAUAUAAAAUACCAAAUGAACCGUAGGUUAUUGUGUUAUUUGAUCGAUAAUCUUGUCUCCAAAAGUAUUGGAGCAGUUUUAUUAUUUUUAUAUGAGAAUGCUGUUGUGGCUGUAGAGACUGUCCUGUUAUAAAGUAGGAACUAAGAGAGAAUGAACUAGCACUCUUGGAUAUUGUCCAGCAAGGAAUUGCUGAGCAAAUGGGAGUUACUCCGUGUUACACGUUUGGUAAGUGAAAUGCACAGACAAUUUCCCCCUUGGAUCUUGUGGAGUACUAGAUACUAUAAUGAGGAUGAUCUGUGCUCCACAGCAAUAUAUGUAUGUGCCUUAGGAUUCACGCUGUUCAAGCUGUGCCUGUUACAGACCAUAAUAUAUGCACCAACCCUGCUAUGCAACCAAAGAAGCCGUUUAAACACAUAUCUUGCCCUAGGCUAGAGGGCAAAUGGGCCAGGUGUGCCUUUGAGCAGUUUCAGACCCAUUUCUUUCAGCAGUGCUAGCUCUGUAGAUGUCAGUCUCUUGCUAGCAUUGCUGUUAAUUUGUUAUAAUGGAAUGUGAAACAUGCCUGCACUGACACUCUAGUUGAAAACUAGUUUGUCAUUAUCUAUUUUUUGAAAGGUUCAAUGGUGGAAUGGUUUGACGUUUUCUGUUUAAAUAAAUGUUGACACUCAUUUGCCUCGUGUGUUCUGAAUUUUUCUAAUAGAAAUGAGAUAAUGUAUGCUUACUUGUAGCUCGAGUACAGAUCCAUGAUUUCAGCAUCCACUCUGGACUUCUUAUCUUACUUAAAUGGAACAAACUCUUUUUUUCCAUUACUUGGUUGUACACUUGCAGUCAUCAGAAAUGUUAGGAUGGAUGUCUUGCGCUUUCAGUGACAGAGUUUGCCUCUAGUUUUUUUGAGGCGCCCCCCUCCUGCAAGGCACAUCUUAAAAUCUCUACAACUUUGGCUCUACAGAAUUAGCUAUCAUCACUCAUAUUUUUCGUCAUGUAAAUUUUGUUAGCAAUAUCAGCUUUAUUUGCCAUCAGUAACCAGUGCACUAAGAAGACAGGGGUAGCACACACUGGUUAGAAAUGUGAUAAAUAACUUGCUGUUGAGAGGUGGAUAUGUAUCUUUGAGUCUGGAACAACUAAUAGAGAUGAGGAUUCCCCGUUUUCUCAAG